AUGAAGGACUUGGCAUCUUUGUUCGCCGACUUAGAUGUUCAGUAUAACGAUAAUCGACACUCAGAAGUUGUUACAACUUGUCAAAGAUUGAUUGACGGUGGAGUUGAAGACAAAACGCCAGUAUUGCGGCAAUGGCUCAUUGCUCUCAUCAAAAGCGACCAAUAUUACCAAUCAUGGGAUCUGUUGAAACGGUUUGAGUCUGAUAUAGCGGAUGACUUUAUUUUAGAGAGGUUAUACGUCCUCUACAAGCUAGGCUAUGCCAAGGAGUUUGAGAGGCUAUACAAGAAGGUGAAGACCUUGAUACACAGCUCGGGCGAUUCCCAGAAUAGAGGAAUUUUGCAUGUACGUGCUCAAUUUUUGAUCAAGACUGGCCACCACGACGAAGCCGCAGAAAUUUACAAAGUCUUGGCUCAAAACAAUGAACAGCAAUUAGACAACGAAACCGAGAUUGCGUGUAACGAGCGAGCUGCUGUUUCAUCAUCAAGCUUCGUACGCGACACAGCAUUGGUGACCAUAUUGAACGACGAAUCUUAUGAUCUUUUGUUCAAUGAGUCUCUUAUCGCUUUGGCAAAAGACGAACCAAAGCAAGCUAUCGACUAUCUCGUGAAAGCUGCGAGCUUAGCUGACAAGGAAGGCUCGGAGGAAGAUCAGUUCUCUAUUGAGCUUCAAAGAAGUUACGUCUUACAGGCAAUCGGUAAGGUUACAGAGUCUCAGGACAUACUGAGAGACCUUCAGCAAAAAAGUAAAGUUGGUUCCACCAACUACUUACUGGCUACUAGCAAUUUGAAGUCGUUUCAGGAUUUCUCCAAAUACUCUACGAAUAUUCCACUUUUGUCCCGCGAGCUGAAUGUGUCCAAACUGAGUGGUAUCGCUGGAAGCUUGGGCCAUGAACAACAGAACCGCAUCUUGAAUAACUUGCUAUUCCUGAAGCUUUUCAGCAAUUCCAGUAUUCAGCCCAAAAAAUCGAUUAUCUCUAAAACUUUUUCGCAAUACCAAGCGUUGGUGAACGAUGUUACUUUAGAGCCUUAUUACACUCAAGCGAAAAAGACUUACCAUCACGCUAUGUCCGCAAUCGCAUGUGGAACCGGGGGCAGCACUAUCGGCCUUCUUUUGUUAGCAGUUCAAUUGCAAGUUGUCGAAAAGGAAUGGGAAAGGGCAGUUCAUCUGUGUGAAACAUUUUUGAACCGUUGCUCUCCAGCUCUGACGGCCGAAUAUCGGAUUGUUUCUUGUAUAUUGUUUGAACUCUACCAGGAGAGUGGACGUACUGACUCGGUCAACUCUUUGCUUGAAAGAUUGGUUUCUGGAAUGGAAGAUCAUCAUAUCAAAGAUGAUCCUCUAUUUUGGAGGCUCGUGGCAUUCAAAUUUUUGUCUCAGGCUUGUCAAGAAAAGGCCAAUAAAAUAUUUGCCAAACUGCAGGUUCUGAGUCCUGAUUUGCCACUCACAAAUCCGGGUUUUGAGAAUCAUGAUCUCAGCAUUCACGAAUUGGAGUCCCUUGUUGACACGGUUGAUAUAGAGGCAAUUAAAUCGCAAGGCGCUACUGCCUUUGAAGGCCACGGCAAACAUAGCAAUCAGUUCAGGUUGGGGAGAGUGGUGAAGAAAAGAAGAAUUCACAAAAAUAAGAAGCUACCAAAAAAUUACGAUUCGACAGUGCAACCAAAUCCUGAAAGGUGGCUACCUUUGAAAGACAGGUCCGAUUUUAGACCUAAUAAGAAAAUUGCCGCCAAGCAAACUCAAGGCGGUUCAGUGGGUCGCAAGGGAGACCAUAAUUUAGACAUUUCUAAGAAAUCCAAGGCUAAGAAAAAUAGAUCCUAA